AUGUGCUUCGCCAUCAAGGUCGUUUAUCUCGGAUGUGACAACCACACGCGCCAUAUUAUGAAACAAUGUAAAGGCGGCAAGGAAUGGAACCUUAACAUGCGCGUCAUUGAGUGUUGCAACGGCUUGCAGGUUCCAGAAGACUGGGUCAUGAGUCGUUGUCCUUUCUGUGAAGAGUAUUUUCAAUCUCGAAAGGUAACACCACCUCGAACCAGGGCUGCUUCAGUUUCGAUCAUGGAGGGUUUGGAUGAGAAGCGACAUGACUUCAUGAACACCAGCGUCGUGGAAGAGCCUGUCACCACACAUGAGAAGGCCUCGAUCAAGCCAACUUUCUUGCCUUAUCGCCCAAAGAAAUGA